AUGUUUGAAUUUUAUUUUAGUUUUCUAAAGAAAAUUGCUCUUUGUUGCCAUUUUCUGAUUACAUUUUCUUCAAAAUGUGAUUUAAUGGAACUUGAACCAAAUGAAUUCAUAAUGCCCUUACAAUAAAAUGUAAGAUUGAUAGAAAUGGACUCUGAUAACUUUGAAUAAUUAAAUUAAAUAAAAUUUGUUCUAACUGAAUAAGCAUUUAAUAUCUCCUAUUUAGAAAGUGAAAAAAUAAGAUCAACUAUUAUUUCUAAUUUCAUAUUUUAUAAUUCAACGCAAUAACAAUGGAUAUGCAAACUUUUGAAAUAUUAAUCAUAUAAUAUCCUUUGUAAUAAUCAUAUCAAAUUAAAUCCAACUAAUAUAGAUGUAUUGAAUAUGGAACUUUAAUUCAAAGUUGAUAUUAUGACAGAAGCAUAAUAUAAUUGUGAUGAAUUCUUCUAAUGGCAAAUUUCUAACUUUUUAUUAUUUUGUAGUUCCCAAAACAUUAUCAAAAUAUAUUCUGUAGAUAUUUCAAAUACUACUCUAUUAAUAACAGAAAAAGAGAUUGAUUAGCAUUAAUUUGAUUAAUGUAUAAGAGAAUAUAUAAAAUAAUCAGAAGAAUAGUAUUUUACUAUUUUCUAUGGUUGUUUCUAAUGGGCAAUAUUUGAGUUUUCAGGGUCAUCUUUAGAUUUACUUAUAGAUUAAUAUAUUAUGUUGAAUAAAACUAAUUAAACCAUUCCUUAUGUUCAAAGAAUUUAAAUCUGCAAGUACUUAAAUAAAGAUUUAUCAGAAUAUUAUCUAAUUACAAAUGAUGGGUAUUAUUAAUUUUAAGUGAAUAAUAAAAAUAAAUAAUUAUAUUGGGUAUCAUUUGAAAAAUUCUAAAAUAUACAAUAACUUAUAUUUAUAAGUAAUUGGUGUAAAGUAAAUUAUUUAAUAAUAUAUCAAAAUUAAACUACUAGUAUUAUAAUUAAUGUACUAAAAAAAGAAUUUGUUAAUAUUAAUAGUAAUGUAAUUUAAGUGCAUGAAAGCUUUAAUCUUCUAUUUUUAUUAAGCAAUAAAAGUUUAGAUGUGAUCAUGAAUUAAUAGAUUAAAUAACACAUCUAACUUUAGGCUAAUCAUUUAUUUUUUUUAGAUAAUAAUAAAUAUUUUUAUUACAUAGAUGAACUUAACUCUUAAAUUUCAUUUUAUAGUUAUGAUGAUCUCAAUUAAUUUUUAAUUCCAAAAAAAACUUAUGUAUUUAAGGUUUUAUUAAAAGAUUAAUUCGAAAUAAGUCUUCUUAAUUGUUACAAAGUUAAUAUCAUAAAUAAUAUUGAUAAGGCGAUUAUCUUUAAUGAUAUCCAUUUGUUAAAUUCAUGUUAAGAAGAUGAUUCAAUCAUUUUUGAUAAACAAUGUAUUGAAUUACCAGAACAAUAUGAUUUUUAAGUAUAAUAGGUAUCGAUUUCUACAAUUCUUAAUAUAACUGAGAUUGUGGAAUUUUAAAAUAAUUGUGACUUUAGAUUUAUUUCAAAAGAUUCUGUCUUAAUAUAUAAGGAAGAUAAUUAUGCAAUCUUCAAAAACAAUCAUUUUAUCACAAUUUAGGAGUGCAUCAAUAAAAUUAAUUCUAAAAUACCAAUUUAAACAUAUAGUGUAUUUCAAUAUCGCUUAUUCUUUUUGAUUAUCAAAAAAGGAGAUAAAUUAUUUAAAAUAAUUUAAUAAUCAUUAAAUUAUUAAAUAUCAGUUAAAAAUGAAAUUGAAUGUUUUAGUUAAUUUUAAAAUCAUGUUCUAAUCAUAACUAAAAUGGGAUAAAAUUUUAUGA